AUGCAGAUUGCUUCUGCAAACAUUUGUGAAAGACUGUAUGAUAAGUCCAUCCGUGAAAUUUCCUUGCUACUUAAUAUUCCCUGGUCAAUUGUUAGUAGUAUUAUAACAAAGUGGAAGCAACUGGGAACAACAGCAACUCAGCCACGAAGUGGUAGGCCAUGUAAAAAUGACAGAACGGGGACAGUGCAUGCUGAAGCACACAAUGCACAGAAGUCGCCAACUGUCUGAGUCAAUAGUUAAGACCUCCAAACUUUGUGUGGCCUUCAGAUUAGCAUAACAACAGUGCAUACAGGGCUUCAUGGAAUGGGUUUCCAUGGCUGAGCAACUGCAUCCAAGUGAUACAUCACCACAUGCAAUGCAAAGUGUUGGAUGCAGUGGUGUAAAGCACACCGCAACUGACUCUAG